GGCAGAGGCAGCGGCUGCAGCGCGGAUCUAGAGUGAUAUUACCAUGGAAGAAAUCAAUAAUUUCAAGACACCGAACAAAGUUUCUGAAAAAAAGAAAUGUGGGGUAAGUUCCACUCCAACUUCGAAUCCCUGUGUGGACAUCCCUGCUUCCCCUUUCAUGCAGAAGCUCGGCUUUGGGACUGGGGUGAGCGUCUACCUGAUGAAAAGAUCUCCAAGGGGUUUGUCUCAUUCUCCCUGGGCUGUGAAGAAAAUUAAACCUCAGUGCGAUUGUGAUGGUCACUAUGAAAAUGUGUAUCAAAAGAGACUGAUUGACGAAGCCAAGAUUUUGAAAGACCUUCAUCACCCUAACAUUGUAGGUUACCGGGCAUUCACCAAGGCCAGCGACGGGAGCCUGUGCCUGGCCAUGGAGUUCGGAGGGGAGAAGUCGCUGCACGACUUGAUAGAGGAGCGGUACGGCGACAGCCGAGCGCCUUUCCCAGCAGCCGUCAUCCUGAAGGUGGCCGUGAACAUGGCCAGAGGCUUAAAGUAUUUGCACCAAGAGAAGAAGCUGCUCCACGGAGACAUCAAGUCGUCCAACGUGGUGAUCAAAGGUGACUUUGAGACCGUUAAGAUCUGUGACGUUGGCGUCUCUCUGCCGUUAGAUGAAAAUAUGACAGUGACCGACCCCAAUGCCUGCUACAUUGGCACCGAGCCAUGGAAGCCCAAGGAGGCUCUGGAGGAGGACGGCGUCAUCACCGACAAGGCGGACAUCUUUGCCUUUGGCCUCACUCUGUGGGAGAUGAUGACCCUGUCCAUUCCACACGUGAACCUCCCCGGCGAUGACGAUGAUGAAGACGCAACCUUCAACGAGAGCGACUUUGACGAUGAAGCUUAUUACGCGGCUCUGGGAACACGACCCCCGGUCAAUAUGGAUGAACUCGACGGCUCGUACCAGAAAGUCAUUGAACUCUUCUCUGUAUGCACAAAUGAGGAGCCCCGGGACCGGCCUUCUGCUGCCCAGAUCGUGGAUGUGCUGGACACAGAUGUGCUGUGAGGCUCGCCUGUCACCAGCAGCAUGAGCAGCUGGAGCGUGUCAAGGUGCAGUAGCUCUAGGACCUUGGCACCUCGUUAACGUUUGAGUAGUUACUUCUCAUGUCAAGGUUUUUCUGGUUAGGCUUAAAGCUUUCAGGUGUAGCGGGUUUCCUGUAAAGUUUAAGAAAUAGUACUCAAGUAUUUUAACUUCUUCACUAAACUGAGAACUAAUUAUGUUAUAAACUGACAUUUAUUUGGAUUGGUCAUUUAUUAAUGAUCUUGAAGAUUCUGUAUUUUAAUGGCUGUUGAAAUCAGCCUGAGACAUAAACCUCUGCUGGACCUUCUCAGCUGCCCUGCUUAAAUACGGUCACUAGAAGGGGAGCGAAGACUAUGGCUCAAAUCUAUUUU